GCUGGCCACGGGGGAGAUGAGUUUGCCCGUCCUCGGCUGGUCGCCCGUGGAAGUGGGCGGCGACCUUUAACCCCUCCAGGCCUCUGCUGGAGGUGGCAUCAGCGGGGACCUUUGACCCCUCUGGUUUUUUGGGGGAGGGGGGAGGAGCGCCCCCUGCCGGCCGAGCCGGCUCCUGCUUUAACCCUUUGGCGGCGUCCAUCCCGUAGCCCUGCCCUACCGUCGGGUGGGCACUGAUUGGACGCCCCCGGCCAUGGCCGAGCCCCUGGCCCCGGAGAGGCCGCCGUCGCCGACUUGCUCGUCGUCGGGGGAGGCCAACCUGCCGCCCGCUGCCCCGCAGGAGGGGGAGAACGGGGACCCGUCGGGGGCCGAGGCCUGGCAUCAGCAGCAGCAACAGCAGCAGCAUCAUCAGCAGCAGCAGCAGAGGCAGCCGGGCAAGAAGAAGCACCGCCGGCGUCCGUCGAAGAAGAAGCGCCACUGGAAGCCCUACUACAAGCUGAGCUGGGAGGAGAAGAAGAAGUUCGACGAGAAGCAGAGCCAGCGGGCCUCCCGCCUGCGGGCCGAGAUGUUCGCCAAGGGCCAGCCCGUGGCCCCCUACAACACCACGCAGUUCCUCAUGGACGACCACGACCAGGAGGAGCCCGACCUGAAGACGGGCCUCUGCCCGCGGCGGGCGGACGACAGCAGCGACGAGGACUUCGUGGAGGAGGCGGGCGAGGAGGAGGAGGGCGGCAGCGACGGCAUGGGCGGCGGCGGCGGUGGCGAGUUCCUGCAGCGGGACUUCUCCGAGACCUACGAGCGCUACCACGCCGAGAGCCUGCAGAACAUGAGCAAGCAGGACCUCCUCCGCGAGUACCUGGAGCUGGAGAAGUGCCUGUCCAGGAUGGAGGACGAGAACAACCGGCUGCGGCUGGAGGGCAGGAGGCCGCCCGAGGACCCCCGGCUCCGGGACCUGGAGCUGGAGGUGGAGCGGCUGCGGGCCGAGAACCUCCGCCUGCUCAACGAGAACCAGCAAAAGCAACAACAACAACAACCACAACCACAACAGCAGCAGCAGCAACAGCAGGACCAGCCUCCGCUCGAUGGACUCGCGGACUAGUCUGCGCCUGCGCCGCGCCCCCCGUGCGCACGCGCGCCGCGGACUGCCCCCCCCCUCCCCACUCCUGCG